AUGGCAUAAGUGAACUUCCACAACAGGCAGGGCAAAGUGCCUCUCGGCAGCUUGACUCAGGACACCCAGAUGUUGAGCAGGGAUUUAGAGAGAGAGGAUGAGGAUGGUGGGGAAGCAAGGAAUAAAGGGGACACUGGGGAGCUGUGCCACUCACCAGGAACUCAUAACAAUCCUGACUUGCAGGGGCAGCCUCCGUCCUGUAAGAAGGAAGAGAAAUUCUCUGACUGCUUUACCGCUCAAGGCGUGGGGCAGAAACCUAUGGAGAUGUCUGGGAAGAAGCCCAGCUGAGAGAGGGAGGACUGUGAUAUCACUCGGGCUCAGGACUCCCUGGAAGCAGGCAUGGCUCUGGAUAUCUUUCCAGGCGGCCUCUCACACAAGUUGGUAGAUUACACACAAUCUCCUAGGAACUCACUACCUGCAGGUGAUGAUGGAGACGCCAAAGCAAACCAGGACACAGCCUUGAAUGCCCCAUGGGGCUUCCUGGGCCCAGAGUGUCUCUGCAUGCAGAAAGGUGCAGCCACAUCUCCAGACAGCUCCUCCCUGGAGUGCUUCCCCAAGUCAGGGCGCAGUUGGGACCUCCCCACUGGGACACACACGCUGGCUCAGGAUUCGGCCGCCCCAGCCAGUCUGGCAGCAGCUGUUUUUACAAAAACGCUUAACAGCGGAAAAAGGGGAGAGCCUGGCCGGUGCCCGAAACGGGGAGCAGACCAAGGCGUGCAUACAGGCCGGCAGGCUGCUGGGCCCUGCGGAGAGCGGGUUGCCAAGCCCUACGCUUGCGAGCUGUGCCGGAAGGCCUACUCCCACCGCGGCACGCUGCAACAGCAUCGGCACCUGCACACGGGCGAGCGGCUCCACCCGUGCCCCUUCUAAGACAAGGCCUAUACCUGGUCCUCUGAUCACCGAAAGCACAUCCACACCCACACCGGCCAGAAGGCCUAACUCGUGCGAUCCUCCGACCUGCACAAACACCAGAGCAACAUGCGUAGCAGCGACAAACCCUUCCCGUGCGACUGCGGCCUGAUCUUCAACAAGCCGCUGUCGCUGCUGCGCCACCAGCGCACACAUCUAGGCGCGAAUCCCUUUCACUGCCCGGCCUGGGACUGCGAGUUCUCAGUGGCUAGUUGCACGGUGGAGCACCCGCACUCAGGCGAGCGGCCUUUCCCCUGCUCCACCUGCUGCAAAUGCUUCACCAAAUCCUCUAACCUGUACGAGCACCAGAUGCUGCACACAGGCGACUGCGGAGUGACCUUCGCGCUGCCCUCGCGCCUCGUGCGCCACCAAUGUAUCCACAUGGGUGAGGGGCCCUUUCCUUGCACACAGUGUGGCCAGGCCUUUGCCCGCUCCUCCGCCCUGAAGCGGCACCAAUAGAUCCACUCAGGAGAGAAGGGCUUCCUCUGUGCCGAGUGUGGCAGGGCAUUCCACAUUGCCUCCGAGCUGACCCAACACAUCCGGAUAUACAACGGGGAGAGACCCUACCAGAGCGAGGACUGCGGGCAGGCCGUCACCAGGUCCAGUCACCUCUAGCGACACCGCGCCAAGCACGACGCCUUUAAGCAGCUCUUCCCUUCCUCCUCUGACUAGUGAGGGCCUGGUCGGCGGACUCCUAGGGGAGAAAGACACCCUCAACCUCAUUGGUUGGAUC